AUGUUCAAGCAAAAGCUCGUUGAGGAUGAUGCCAUUGAAGUUACUCAUGGGUGUAGUGCUACCAUGGAUAGUAAAUUUGUGGAAAAGAAAAAUGACCUCGAAGCAUUCACCAUCCCUUGCACCAUUAGAACUCAUGAGUUUGCAAAAGUUCUUUGUGACCUUAGUACAAGCAUCAACCUAAUGUCGUAUCUCAUCUAUAAGAAACAGGUCUUGGACACUCCUACACCAACCUCGAUGCAACUUUUGAUGGAAGACAGAUCCAUAAAAAGGUUGGUGGGUAUAUUGUUUGAUGUCCUUAUAAAGCUGGACAAAUUCAUUCUCCCGGCAGAUUACAUUGCAUUGGAUUGUGAGAUGGACCACAAGGUGCCUAUCAUUCUUGGUCAUUAUUUCUUGGCCAUUAGGAGAGCCGUUGUUGAUCUAGAGAUGGGAGUGAUGAGAUUUUGGGUGCAAAAAGAUAAGGUCUCCUUCAAAAUUUACAAGUCAAAGAAGCAAACUGUAGAGCUCUAUGUAGUAUCUGUGGUGGAUGUUGAAAAUAAGACAAUGAAAGAUUAG